UUUAUUCAUAUACUGAACGAAAUGGAUAACUGUAGAAACACCAUACAAUCGUGUGAGGUGUUCUGUGUGAGUUUUCCUGUAAGCGCCAGAUGGAUUUGCGUAACUGCGACUUUUUCCCUUGACGGGAGGUGGGGCUUUUGGCGAAAGAUUACAUUUCCAAAGUUUUCCCGUCUCACCGUUAAAUUCUGGUGCAGAAGAAAACGCUAUGUGGUGCCUGCCAACCAGAACGAGAGCCGUCCCUAGCAGUAACUAAGUGUACUCAGUUUGCAAACCAUAGCUAUUAUUUUUGGGAUAUUUCGGAUUUAGGUUUGCCUCUUGACUUGAAACAUCUGAGGUAGCCUGGCAUUGUUAAGGGAGGAUUUGAUCACAAUGAAAGGAGUAAACUUGGAUACCUACAAUCUCUCCUUGCUGACUGCAAAGGAGGACAUUCUGAAUCCCCGAGCCUCUACCAACUGGGCACUGUUCACUUACGAUGGCGUCACCAACAACCUCAAACUCGCUGACUCUGGAGCUGGUGGUGUGGUGGAGUUGGCUGGGAAGUUCCACGCGAGCAGGCCGAUGUAUGGGCUGUGUCGGGUGGGAUCCACAGAGACGAGUCAACCCUGCGUGGUCAUGAUCUGCUGGGUUGGUCAGAAUGUAGAUGAAUACCGCCGAACGGAAUGUGCCAGCCAUAUUCCAGCAAUCAAGAACUUUUUCAAGGAGGCUCACACGUUUGUCACGGCAUCAAACGCUGAGGACGUGACAGAGGAGAAAUUGGGUGCUGCCGUUGCCAAGGUGCGGCCACCUGCACAGCCCCAGAGGAGGAGCUCCGUGCCAGUGGACAAGGAGGAGAUGGUGGGCACAAACUACAGGAAAACUAACGCUGCCAUGGAGAUGAGAAGAAUCAACAGGGACUCUUUCUGGGCACAUGCAGAGCGCGAGGAGGAAGAGAGAAAAGAAGAUGAUCGAAAGAGAGCAGGCGAAGAGAGGAGACGCCGGGAGAGAGAGAGGAUACAGAAGGAGAGGAAGGAGGCAGAAGAGAGGGACAGGAAGAUGAACGAGAAGCUGCAGAUGAUUGAGGAACAAAGGAGGCAGCAGGCCUUGAUUGAUGAGGAGAAGAGAAAGAAGGAGAAAGUUACAUGGAACAAGCAACAGAGAGAGCAUGAAGAAGAGCUCAGAGAACGAUUCAGACGCAGUGAGUCCAUAGAGAAAGCAGCGGAGGCAGCAGCACUGGUGUCUCAGCGGUCCACCAACCCCAGAGAGUUCUUCAGACAGCUGUCCUCCUCCUCUCAGUCCCCUGCCAGCCCCCUGUCCCCACACACAGGGAAGCCCCCGUUCCGGCGCUACAGACGCAGCCUCACAGACACGGCCUUUAUCUUCCACAAGUCUGACGGGGGCCCCACAUCCCCUCUGAGCCCCAGAAACACCUCCCCCUCUCCCUUCACCCCCACCUCCCCUCCGCCCUACUCCGGCUUCUCACAGCCAUCCCACGCUCCCUUGCACUCUCCGCCUGCGUCGCCUGCGCGCUCUACCCCCCCAGUGGCUCUUUUACCCAGCAUGCCUCCCUCCAGACCCCUGCCGCCACCCGCUCUGUCACCAGUCCCAGCCCAGACCCAGGCAACCUCCUCCUUCUCCUCCCCCUCCUCCCCCUCCCCUUCCUCACCAGGUCUGCAGGCCAGCCUGGUCCAGCCAUACAGCUCUCCUCCUGGUUCUCCACCAGGUGGCGCCACUGCUGAGCCACUGCCUGAGAGCCCAGAACACUCAGAGGACUUGAGCUCUGCCACACAUUACCCGAGCAGCCUCGGGCCUGAGGAAGGCCUCUGUGUCCGGGCGGUUCUAGUGGUGGAGGAAGAGGAGGAGGAGGAGGAGGAGGAGGAGGAAGAGGCACAGAGAGAACAGGAGGGAGCGCAGACGGGUGAGGAGGAGUCCCUUCCCAUCCUCAAGGCCCCCACAGUGUCUGCUGAACUAGAACUAGAACCGGAACCAGAACCGAUAGAAAUAAAAGAGAGUCUGACCGAGGAGCAACAGCACCGAGGAGAACCAGAGGUACCGACUGAGGAGGAUGAGGAAGAAGAGAAGACAAAGGUGGAGGAGCAGGAGGUGUUUGUGGAGCCCGGCGAGGAGGAGGAAGAGAGUGAGGAGAAUGUGGACACAGGCGAAGAGGCCCUGGAGCAGUGUGAUAACUUGCUGGUGGAGCAGAGCAGGACUCUGCUGAAUGGAACAGAAAAAGAGUACAUGCAUAUGACAGGGAUGGACCCAGAUGCAACAAUUAUGCAUGGUGGGAUUCUGGAGGAACAGGGGAAGGAGAUAUCAGAAAAUGGAGAUGAGGGAUCACCAGAAAGUCAGCUGUGUGUACGAGCUCUCUAUGACUAUGAGGCAGAGGAUGAAUCGGAGCUUUCUUUCGCACCGGGAGACAUCAUCAGCGAUGUGGAGACCGUGGACAAAGGCUGGUGGAGGGGCUUCAGCAAAGAUGGCCGCCAGGGGCUCUUCCCUGCCAACUACGUAGAAACCAUUUAAAACAACACACACACACACACACACACACACACACACACACACACACACACACACACACACACACACACACAC